UUUAAUAACUUUCCCCGGGAACCCGGUGGAGAAGGGGGAGAGAGCCAGCGAAAGAAAUCUGCUCUCUUAUCUUCUAUGUUGCAGUUAGUAAUGGCAGCGGCCAAGCCUCUCCUCCCUUCGCCACUUCUCACCGCCUUCUCCCACCGGCUCGAACCGUGCCGGUUCGGGUCCGGUCGAGCCGCUCCAUGGCUCCGGCCUACGGGGAGACCCAGGGUCUCGCCGGCGGUCCGCCUCUCUCUCCUCCACGACCCCAUGUUCCUCCUCGAGGUAGCACCGACCGCGACGAUGGCGGCGGCCGAGGUGGGGUACUCGCCGGCGAGCUACUACACGUCGCUGGGGCUGUUUGUGAUCUCGGUUCCCGGUCUCUGGUCCCUCAUCAAGCGCUCCGUCAAGUCCAAGAUAGUACAGAAGACGUUUGUGAGGGAGGCGGCGGCGGCGGCGCCAAAUCAGGUGGCGGGAGAGAUUCUCUCCUUCUUCACCCGCAACAACUUCUCCGUCUCCGACCGUGGGGAGACCAUCACGUUUGAAGGAAUGAUGGUCCCUAGCAGAGGCCAAGCAGCACUGCUCACCUUCUGCACAUGCAUUAGCCUCGCCAGCGUCGCCCUCGUCCUCUCCAUUGCAGUCCCGGAAGGAGGCAACAACUGGUUUUGGCUGAUGGUUUUAAGCCCAUUAGCGGGAGCAUAUUACUGGAAACGGGCAUCAAGGAAGGAAGAGAUCGAGGUCAAGAUGAUGGUAGCUGAAGAUGGAAACAUCUCGGAGAUUGUUGUUCGUGGUGAUGACCAGCAAGUAGAGCAAAUGAGGAAGGAGCUUCAGCUAAGUGAGAAAGGAAUGAUAUAUGUAAAAGGAAUUUUUGAAACAUAGUAUGGAGACUUGCAUGAAAUGAAAGGCAAUUAGAGAUCACACAGCCAGAGGAAGGAAGAAAAGAAUCAUUGAACUCCCAUACCAAUUUUGUAGCAUGAUUAUUUAAGUGAAGACUUGGAGUUUUUAUAAUAUUCACAUGUCAAUUUUGGUGGCACCCAUCAAUAAGAUCUUUCUACAUCAUCU